AACAUUACACCAUCUAUUAUCGAAGCCGUCUGCGCGCAACACAGAUUUGGAAUUUAGCUUGCAACUGAGCAGUCAAACAGACCAAGAAAUCGCGUGUGUGGCGUCCGAUAGGGAAGUCUUUGCCUCCGAAAGAUGGAAUGUGCACGGCACCUGAAAUUCUUUCAGCAAUUUCACUAAUGCAAAGCCCAUUUCUCAUUUUCUUACUGCUCUGCUGAUGAAUAGAUACGGAACUAUUACAAUCCUGGCAUUUCGCAAAUCUCGGGAAAUAAGAGAAAAUGUGUCUCGUGCUCAGGCACAUAAAAAGCACUGUGAUAAACCUUUUAUUGUAUAGCAGUCGCCCUCUGGUGGGAAGAAGUGGUAUUUUCUUUGUUGAUAGAAACCAAAUUAUGUUGAAUCCACUGGGUCUAGCUGCGUUUGGGAUAUUUGAUUGAUUUUGAUAUCCCACAGAACACGGUUUGUUUUAUUAUCUUGAUUUAUGUCCAAUUUCUACACCGAUUAUAACUAAGUCAUGCAGUUUAGUGUGGGUCCCUUGCCACACGUAAACGCAGGGAUGUAAUACGGUUGUCCGGCUUGUGGAGCUCCAUUUUUCUGUUGUUGCCAAGUUCAAAGUUCGCAGCGAAACAACAAACAAAGCAGACAGCAAUGUACUAGCUAACUUAGUUUAGUAGUUUGUAAGUAUCAAUUGCUUCUACCUCAACUAAUUUGACGAAAUGACAUCAGCGUUAUCUAAACACACGUUGUUGUUCACGACAUUUAGUCUAGCUUUGACCCGGGUUUCAUACUGCUCAGUUGCAAAUGCUAACGUUAAUUCAAGCAUACCUGCGAUUGCAAAUUAUUUCGGAACGAAAGGCAGAUAUGAGGAAGUAAACCCGUAUCUCAUUAAUGACAUCCUCUCGGUAAACAAAUCCCUUUUAAAACCGGGAUGUACCGAUUGCACUGCUGUUCAUGUGACCGCCAUAAUUCGGCAUGGAACACGAUAUCCAACGGUCAAAAAUAUCAAAAGGAUGCAACGGCUUUAUGACCUUGUUCUAAACGACGCAAUGAACACCGAUAAAUGGCUGACUGACAUAAAAACCAAGUGGGAAAUGUGGUACACUGAAGACAUGGAUGGCAAGCUUGUGGAAAAGGGGCGAGAUGACCAUAGGCAUCUGGCUGUCAGGUUGGCAACAUUCUUUCCAUCUUUGAUGUCAGAGGAAAACCUCAGGAGCCAUCGUAUCCGUUUCAUCACUAGCUCCAAACACAGAUGCGUGGACAGCAUUGUCGCUUUCCAAGAAGGCCUACUCAACCUUUGGAAAGUAACAGAAGUUGGACCCAGCCACGAAAUCAAUGAUGAGUUGAUGAGAUUCUUUGACCAGUGCAAAAAAUUUGUUGACGAUGUGGAGAACAACAAAACUGCCCUCGAAGAGGUCCACCUCUUCAAGGCCUCAGCAGAGAUGAAAAUAGUGCAGAUGAAGAUGGCUGCCCAACUGCAAGUUCCAUACAAUCACAUCACACCAGAUCUGGUGGAGGCUGCAUUCUUCCUGUGCUCAUACGAGUUUGCCAUCAAAUCUUUGAACUCCCCCUGGUGCAACCUGUUUGAUGAGACUGAUGCCCAAGUGCUGGAGUACAAAAAUGACCUGAAACAGUACUGGAAGAGGGGCUAUGGUCAUGACAUCAACCGCAAGUCCAGUUGCGCUCUUUUUCAUGACCUGUUCAGUCGCCUUGAUAAGGCUGCUCAUGAGAUCAGGUUUGGGCAUGUAUCUGAGGCUGUGACCAUUCAGGUGGGCCAUGCCGAGACCCUCCUGCCCCUGUUGGCCCUCAUGGGCUUUUUCAGAGACGAGACGCCCCUGACCGCCGACAACUUUGACCUGCAACAUGGCCGCACCUUCCGCACCAGCCGCAUCGUGCCGUACGCAGCCAACUUGGUCUUUGUGCUGUAUGACUGCAGUGAAGGCCUCCGGCUGCAGUUCCUCCUCAACGAGACACCUCUGAAAUUCCCCAAUAUAAACCACCUGGCUCCUCUGUACAAUACGGUCAGAGAGACCUACAGAGAGUUGCUGCACGGCUGCAAUUUUGAGAAGGAGUGCGAGCCGUCCAGACCCAACAGAAACUGUGAGCUGUGAGCUUGGGGCAUGUGAAGGUGGAGGGCUCUUUCUAUACAUGGGUUUGAAGACUCCAACGUCUGUGUCAUGCAAGAGAAGGUGUUUUAAAGGUUUUGUCUAAACCAGUUCCUUUUUUUUCUGGUAUCUUUUUAGAAGUAACAGGUUUCACAGAUAGCUUUUACUGGGCCCCCUUUUUUCCCCAGGUGUCACUUUAGCACAAGUUAUCAUGAUGCUUGCUUUCUUUUCUAGGGUCAUCCAGGGUCUUAAUUGAAUUCACUCUUUUUAGAGGAGGGAGAGCUUUAUAUUUAUGCUAUUUCACGGUUUCAUAUUGAUUUAUAUUAUAUUGCAGAUUUCAGGUGCCUUUGUGUUUUCAUACAGUAUGCUUUUUCCAAACGCAGAAAGAAACAUUGAGUAGAAUAUAACGUCUGCCACUGGAUAGAUGCAGUGGGUUGGGUUUACUUGCUGAGAAAGAAACUCUUUGAAAUUGUUUGUUUGUUACAUUUUUUUGCUCUGUAAUGAGUCAUUUUGUUUGGGCUGAUUUUAUAUUUGCACUCAUUUUCAGAAACAUUUACUCAAGUUAGCUUUUUUUUUUUAAUAUGGACUCCAACAUCAUUGGACUGCAUUGUGAACAAAAUAUACAUUUUGAACAAUAAGCUUUUAAUUUGGGGUUACCUUAGCUUUAUUUAAUUAUUUUCUACAUUGUCAUUUGAUUUGUUUGUGAAAUAUUUCAGAUUAAAGUAAAUGCCUUGA